GUAACCUACCACCUGUGGGAUCUGACUUUUAUUUUUAAGCCUUUUUCCGCCCCCACCUAAACACAACGUGGAAGAAGCCAGAGUUGGGACAGGCAUCUCAGGCUCUGGAAGUUCAAUUUUCCUCCAUACAAUGGCAAGGGACUACUCCAAAUUCAGGCCUGAAUUUCCUGCUGCUAUUCAUAAAGAUGCUUUUUAUCUUUAACUUCUUGUUUUCCCCACUUCCAACCCCGGCACUGAUCUGCAUCCUGACCUUCGGAGCUGUCAUCUUCCUGUGGUUGGUUAACAGACCUCAGCCCGCCUUGCCUCAUGUUGAUCUGAACAAGCAGUCGGUGGGAAUUGAGGGAGGAGCACGGAGAGGCAUUUGCCAGAAGGACAAUGACCUGAUACGCAGCUACUUCUCAGAUGCCAAGACAGCAUAUGAAAUCUUCCAAAGAGGACUUGCUGUGUCUGUAUCACAGAAGGUGUCUGAUCGAGCAGAGUACCUGGGCUCCUGUCUCUUGCAUAAAGGAUGUAAACCAUCACAAGACAGCUUUGUUGGCAUCUUUUCUCAGAAUAGGCCAGAGUGGGUCAUCUCUGAGUUCGCUUGUUACACGUACUCCAUGGUAGCUGUGCCUCUCUAUGAUACCUUGGGAGCGGAAGCUGUCAUAUACAUCGUCAACAAGGCUGAUAUCUCCACGGUAAUCUGUGAUACACCCCAAAAGGCAUUAGUCCUGAUCAGUAAUGUGGAAAAGGGCCUCACCCCAGGCCUGAAAUUGGUCAUCCUCAUGGAUCCCUUUGAGGAUGACCUGAAGAAGAGAGGGGAGAAAUGUGGAGUUGAAAUCUUAUCCCUGAUUGAUGCUGAGAAUUUAGGCAAAGAGAACUUCAGAAAACCCGUGCCUCCUGCACCAGAAGAUAUGAGCAUCAUUUGCUUUACCAGUGGGACCACAGGUGAUCCCAAAGGAGCCAUCUUAACCCAUGAAAAUAUUGCUUCCAAUGCUUCUGCUUUUCUCAAAUCUCUAGAGGGUGUUUUUGAGCCCACUCCCGAGGACGUGACUAUAUCCUACCUCCCCUUGGCUCAUAUGUUUGAGAGGGUUGUACAGGCUGUUGUGUACUCUUGUGGAGCCAAAGUCGGAUUCUUCCAAGGAGACAUUCGGCUGCUGCCUGACGACAUGAAGACCUUGAAGCCCACAUUGUUCCCUACGGUGCCUCGACUCCUUAACAAGGUCUAUGAUAAGGUACAAAAUGAAGCCAAGACACCCUUGAAGAAGUUCUUGUUGAACUUGGCUGUUGCCAGUAAAUUCAGUGAAGUGAAAAAGGGUAUCAUCAGACGUGACAGUCUGUGGGACAAGCUCAUCUUUAGAAAGAUCCAGGAAAGCCUGGGUGGGAAGAUUCGGCUCAUGGUCACCGGAGCUGCCCCCAUCUCACCUCCCAUCUUGACGUUCCUUCGGGCAGCAAUGGGAUGCCUGGUGUUGGAAGCUUAUGGUCAAACAGAAUGCACUGCUGGCUGUACAGUUACAUUACCUGGGGAUUGGAAAUCAGGCCACGUUGGAGUCCCCAUGGCUUGCAAUCAUGUAAAGCUGGAAGAUGUACCUGAUAUGAACUACUUUGCCGUGAACAAUGAAGGAGAGGUGAGUAGGCUGUGCUCAGAAACACUGACUCUGUUGUCUUUCUGUCUGCUACAGAACGGAACUCUGAAGGUCAUCGACCGAAAAAAGAACAUAUUCAAGCUGGCCCAAGGAGAAUACAUUGCUCCAGAGAAGAUAGAAAAUAUCUACAUCAGGAGCAGUCUGGUGUCGCAGAUUUUUGUACAUGGGGAAAGCUUACGGUCAUUCCUAGUGGGAGUGGUGGUUCCUGAUCCAGAUGCACUUCCCUCAUUUGCAGCCAAGAUUGGGGUAAAGGGCUCUAUUGAAGAACUGUGUCAAAACCAAACUAUAAAGAAAGCCAUAUUAGAAGACAUGCAGAAAAUUGGGACAGAAGGUGACCUUAAAUCCUUUGAACAGGUUAAAUGCAUCCAUUUACAUCCAGAGCCAUUUUCCAUCGAAAAUGGACUUUUAACACCAACCUUGAAAGCAAAGCGGGGAGACCUUGCCAAGUACUUUGGGACUCAAAUCAACAGUCUGUAUGGGAACACCCGGGAGUAGGUUAAGUUUGCUGCUGAGCUGGAAGCUAUGGGUAAAGGAGCUGAAGCUCAUGUCAAGCGCACCUUUCCAGUAAAUGAAGCAAGCGCCGAAUGGCAACCUCCUGAUCUGGGAAUACAGGCACAAAGCCUGCACAACAGCCACACCUCCUGGGAAGGAAUCGACUGAUCUUUCCUCCCGACUCCACUUCCUGCUGUCCCUUACCCGCCUUCAACACGUACCAAUAUCGCCUGAAAAUAUAAAGUCUUAAGAAUAAACUAUUGUAGAACACUGAA